AGCUGCCGUUAUAAAGGCUUGAAGUCCUUUAUGACAUCAAGAUCAAGCAGAAGAUGACGCUCAUGCUGGGUCUGAGUGGAUUGACAAAUGGACGAGUGAUUGAAGCACUGAAGGAGUUCCUGGGGAGUAUAUGGCGUGCAAGAUGUAGGCAGUGAUACCUUGCCUCGAGUAGAACACCGUCUGUUCCGUAUAUUUUCUUUUCUCUUCGCUACCGUUACAAAGGUCUGCCUUGAAAGAAAUCUCCAGCCCCCUGUGACAUCAAGAUCAAGCUUAAGAUCAGUGUACGAAAACAGCCCAGUGUUGAACCAAGGAAAAGGAGGAAGGAACGUCUCUAGGAACCCACGCUGUAAAGACACGAUAAGAAAUACAAAGCGUCAGAGGCCCACAGAAGAAGAAGAGGAGGAAGGAAACAUGCACACUUCAUCACAUGACUAAACAAUAACCUAACCAAAUUUCUGGAAUAACACCCAAAUAGUUGAGGAUUAAUAUCAAGCACUAGACUUACGCCAGCAUGCUCACCUCAUCAAACUGCGCCGUCUACGGUUGCUCUAACGACAGCAGAUAUCCCAGGAAGCCAAAAUUUAGGCUGCAUCGCUUCCCGGUAAAGGACGAGGCCUUGCUGGAAAAGUGGGUGGCCGCGUGUCGAACGGAUGAGGUCAACAUUUACCUCGCCCAGAUAUGCUCCGAUCAUUUCACCCAGACGGAUUUCGACCCUGAACUCCAAGGCCGAGAGUUCAAAGGACUGACGAGAUUGCGUCCCACAGCCGUGCCAACUCUGAACCUCCCGGAAAAGCCAAGCAUAAAGAUGUGUGCUGUAGAUGGCUGUAUCCAGGGCAGUAGACCAAACAUGAAGCAUUUCCGUUUCCCUCAAGAAAAAGACAUCCGUAAAAAAUGGAUUCGAAGUUGUGGCACAAGGGAUAAAAUUGAUCUUGACAGUGCAACAGUGUGUGAGAAACACUUCAGCAGGAAACAGAUCGUCACAAAACUGGGAUACGAAUCAAAAAACAGCGACAUCACUAAAAAGGUCAGAAGGUUGAAGAAGGAUGCAAUACCUGACAUCAAUCUUCCAGGAAACACUUCUGAGUCUGCUCCUCAAGAUGCUGCUAAAAAUGAUGUGGGUCUGAACCCAUUCAGGACUGUUGCUGUUCCUUGGGCGCAUGAUGCAUCGGAGACCCUAGAGCCUACCCUGGAGACCCCUAGAGACAUAAAGGUAUGCGCUGUGUCUGGCUGUAACCAGGGAGGUAUACCAAAUAAGAAGCAUUACAGUAUCCCUAAAAAAAAAAAUGUCCGUGAAAUAUGGAUCCAUAGGUGUGGCAUAAGGGAUGAUAUUGAUCCAGACAGUGCAACAGUGUGUUGGAAACACUUCAGCAGGAAACAGCUCUUCAGUAAAUUGGUGUACACAACAGAAGACGACAGCAUUCUUACGAAGGUCAGAAAGUUAAAGAAGGAUGGCGUACCGGACAUGAAUCUUCCAAAAAACAUUGAUGAACCAGCUCUUGAAGACACUGCUGAAAAUGGCAAUGCUCCUCAAGAAAAAGACAUCCAUGAUAAAAAGGUCCAAAGUUGUGGCACGAGGGAUAAUCUUGAUACUGACAAUGCAACUUUGUGUGAGAAACAGAUCGUCACAAAACUGGAAUACAAAUCAAAGAGACGUCACAUUCCUAGAAAGGUCAAAAGGUUGAAGAAGGAUGCAACACCCGACAUCAGUCUUCCAGGAAACACCUCUGAGUCAGCUCCUCAAGACACUGCUGAAAAUGGUGUGGCUCUGGACCCCUGCAAGGCUGUCCCUCAUCCUGGGGAGCAAGACACACCGGAGACCCAAGAUGACAUGGAGGUCACUGACGAACAAGGUUUGCAGCGAAUCCAGGAGUGCAGAGACUUGCAGGAACAGGAACAGCAGCUGAAAGAGGAGCUUGAAGCAAUGGACCAAAAACUCAUGGUAUCAUCCCUAACAUCUAUCUCACUAGACGACAGGAAGACAAGGCUCUGCACCGGCCUUCCGUCACUAGCAGUGUUCACGUGGCUCAUUGACUUGCUGUCUGGACACUUAGCAUCAUUUGACUGUAUCAGUAAACCUGAUCAGCUUUUAAUAACACUAAUGAAACUGAGGCUAAGUCUUAGCACACAAGAUUUAGCAUCAAGGUUUAACACUUCUACUCAAGCAAUUGAGAAUAUACUUUCAGAUGCCAUCCCCAUAAUGGCCUGUAAACUUGACUUUUUGAUUUGUUGGCCAGUCAGAACACAUCCAAGGAACAUUCCCAGGCCCUUCAAGCCAAACUUUAAGAACUGCUCUGUCAUCAUUGACUGUUUGGAGUUUCCUACAGAAAAACCAUUAAACAUAACUGCAGAAAGUCAAACCUGGAGUGAUAUCAAGCACCAGACUACCAUUAAAUGCUUGGUGGGCAUCACACCGUAUGGGUCAUUCUCCUACGUCUCGCAGUGCUGGGGCGGCAGAAUAACUGACAGAGAGUUGGUUUUGGUGUCGGGGGUUUUGGAGCAUGUCUACCGUGGUGACAUGGUGAUUACUUGCAAAGAUUUUUCCAUUCAACAGGAACUGUCAGAAAAAAGAGCAAAGCUUAUCGUUCUUGAAAGUUUGGAUUCGCCUGAAAAAAUAAUCAAUGAUCAUGAGUUAGCUACAGUCUCUCUUUUCAUUGAAAAAGCUUUUAAACGGAUAAAGCGUUACAAAAUAUUGUCACAAACACUCCCAAUACCUCUACUUCCUUAUAUUGACGAGGUGGUCACUUGUUGUUUGGCCUUUUCAAAUUUACAACCCAAGUUUCAAUAAAAGUAAUCCACUGGUGUGCCGGUGGCAGCUACGGCUCUGUAUGUAAAGGGCCAAUAGGGAACCAUGGGGGACCCAAUACCCAAAGAGGUUUAUAGAAUUUGCCAACUGAUGCUGUAUUUUUUUACUAUCAUUUGGGGUCAAAUAUUUCCAGGAGGGGCCUUGUUUCCUCCAGGCCCCCACACACACAACUACACCUGUACAUCUCAUGCAGCCCCCCACACAUGUCUUCACCAGUGUACAGCUCCUGCAGCCCCCCCCCACACACACACACACACACAUCUCCACCAGUGUACAGCUCCUGCAGCCCCCCAAACACAUGUCCACCAGUGUACAUCUCCUGCAGUCCCUCACGCAUGUCUCCAUCAGUGUACAGCUCCUGCAGCCACAUUUGACCAUUUUUCUCCAUUUGAUUUUGGCCUGUGUGUAGUGAGUCCCUUAACAAUCCAUUGCCCAGAACACCCCUGUGGUGUAUUGGUUAGCACACCAAACUACAAAUAUGCAGUCCAGAGUUAUAUCAGGACCUGGACAGACUGUACACAGCCCACCCAGCUGUUCAUCCUCACUUUGGUCUGUAAAUGGGCACCUGGAGAAAGUAAACUGUGGUAACCUG